AUGGAUUCACAGGUAGAAAUAGAUGCAGAUAUAAUAUCGUCGAUUAUACCGUUCCCUAACUUGACAGAUCUAUCCAAUACCACAUCAGAUUUGGAUAAUGAUAUACAAAUUUUAUUAAAUUGGUUGUCCCCUUGCAUACCGGUAACAUCUUUAACCAAGUAUCAAGAUUGCGGUUCCCCCUUGUUAUUGUCAAGAGUUGUGGAGCCAUCACAAAGAGUUAAAUCAGCUAUUCGCAGAUGUUUGAAAGAUGAAAUCAACCAAACUCAAUUCAUUGAACUAUACAUAAACACAAUCAAUGAAAAAGUUACUCAAUUUUUUGAAUCGAUCUAUACCAAGAACUUGAAGUUUAUUGAAUACGUUAAUAUCAUCAAAAUUUUGCUACACUAUUAUAAUUCCCAAUUUGAAUAUCUUAAUUUAUCUGAUAAUGUUUAUAAGAAGUUUGAAGCAAAACUAAGCUUUAUUAUCACGUGUAAUUUACUUAAUGAACAAUCAUCAUUUAGGAUCAACAUGAAUCAAUUUUUCGAAGAAUCGUUAUAUGUUAGAGCAACUUUGAGCAACCCCCUGUCGUCAAUCACAUUGAAUUUAAUUGACAUAAUAUCAAUAUUGGCAUCAAUUGGCAUGUCUGACUUGUUGAAUGAAAUUGUAAUCAAGUUAUCCAUUGAUAAAAUCAAAAACUUUACAAAUACGUUAUGCAAAAACGUAUGGAAUAAACCUUUACUAUCAACUAUAAACAACUUUAUACAAGAUGAAAUUUAUCCGAAUUUUUAUAUUGUGAUUAGCUAUACCACAUCAUCCAAUUUGACGGAUUCUAUGAACAAUGUUUAUCUUUAUGAAUUGGUUAGAAUCGCACAUGAUGAACUAAUAAAUUUGAGAAUCCAGGAAAUAUAUUCCAUGGUUUUGCAAUAUCCUCAAUCUCAAGUUGGACUAAAUGAAUUACUUCAAUGUUUACUGAAAGUUAAAUUUAAUCUGAAACAAUAUGAAUUGACAUUGCUUUCAUGUGCUAUUGAUCAUUCGAUUAAUACUCAAGCAGCACAAAGAACAGAGUUGGUAAAUAGUUUUAUUGAUUACUGUCAUAAGAAUAUCUUGCAUGCCGGUGCCAAUACCAUUGAUGUCAUAACCACCUACAUUAAGACUAUAAAAUCAUUUUUAAUUGUUGAUCCCAAAGGUGUAUUGCUUGACAAGGUUGUAAGACCGAUACGGCAAUAUUUGAAAACAAGAGAAGAUAUUAUCAUCAAAUUGGUGCAUGGAUUACUUGAUAUCUCCCCUGACAAUGAAUUGAUUGAAUUAGCUCGGGAGUUACGUCAUCCGAGCAACAAAUACCGUUCGAAAAAUGAUCAUUCAAGAGAUAUCUUAGAAGAUUUGCUUGAUUUGAAUUGGCAACCUGAUCCAAUUGAUGCAUUGCCUGAUUUCAAGAAAGGUAAAGUAAGCGACAUAAUUGAGUCCUUAAUUUCAAUAUUUGAUUCCAAAGACAUUUUCAUUGAUGAAUUCACUAGAUUAUUUGGUGACAGUUUAAUCAAAUUGAAGGAUUAUAAUGUGGAAGAAAUAGAACUGAAUUUGAAUUUGCUAAAAUCCCGAUUUGGUAAGCAAAAUUUUGCUACUUUAGAUGUUAUGAUUCGUGACAUAAAAGAAAGUGAAUAUUUAAAUGAUUUAUAUGUCAAGAACACGGGGAAUACCAACUUCAAUGCUUCUGUAUUGUCACAUCUAUAUUGGUCUAGUAUUUUGGAUAGCAUAAAUACUGACACUAGCAAUUUUAAAGUUCCCAAACAAAUUGAGCAAAAGUUUCAAAUGUUUAAAGAAAACUUUGCCGAAGAGAAAUAUGGUAGAACUUUGGAGUUAUUACCGAGCUUGGGAUUGGUUACAUUGCAGCUAGAAUUUAAAAAAAGUGGUCGUCGAACUUUCAAAGUCACCCCAGAUAAGGCAUCGAUAAUAUUUUUGUUUAAUGAAAAGGAAGAUGAAUUAUCAGUCAGCUUUAUUGCCCAGACUUUGAAUAUGUCAGAGUAUAUGGUUUCUAACGGGUUGGCAUAUUGGGUUAAAGAGGGAGUGCUUAUGGAAUUAACGAAAACUUUGUAUAUUGUCAAUGACGAAGAGGAGGAAGGCGUGUUUCCAGAAAACACAGAAAGCUCGAAACAGGAAAUUGAUAGUGCCACCAGUAAUCUAACAUCAGUCAAAUCUUCGAUGGAGAGUAAAUUUUCAGAGAUUGCUAUUAUUGAAUCUUAUAUUAUUACAAUACUACAAAAUUUAACCCUGAUCAAUUUUGAAAGAAUGAAAACCUUGCUUAAUUUAAUGGUUCCAAAAGAUAAGCUAAACUUUGCAAAUGUUAAUGAAACCCUACUUGAAGAAUAUCUUGAUUCAUUGGUAGAAGAUUCCAAAAUUGCUUUUCAAAACGGAAAUUAUAGUUUACCCAAAUAA